AUGACUGCGGGACCUCAACUACGGCGGGAAGAAGACGUCGCGACUACCAACCCAGGUGGAAAGAAGACGACGGGGCUACAGACCGCGACGGAAAGAAGACUCGGGGACUACGAACCAUGGCGGAAAGAAGACGACGGAACAACGGUGGAAGAAGACGGGACACCAACCAAGGUGGGAAGACGACGGCAUCACAGCGGAAAAAAGACGGCAGUUCCACGGCGAGAAGAAGACCGGACACCAACCAAAGUGGGAAGAAGACGACGGGAUCAUGGCGAAAAGAAGAGUACAGGAUUGUGGUCCAAACGGCAUGAAGAAGACGACGGAACAACGGCGGGAAGAAGACGGGACACCAACCAAGGUGGGAAGAAGACCACGGCAUUACGGCGGAAAGAAUACGACGGCAUCACGGCGAAAGAAAACGGGAUACCAUCCUAG